ACAUCGCACCAAAUCAAAUUACAGCCACCACAAUUCCCGCAUGUAGAGUGCGGUACCGGUGCAGCAGCCCUCCCCACCAACCAAAUAUCCUAUCAUGCCGUAUCGCGCUCCGUCAUGUUGCAGCGCUUACCAAAUACCAGCCCUUUGAGCCCCGCUGAGCCCCGUUCGAGGGAUCAAUUUUCCAUCGACGUACUUGUAUACUCUAUCCAGGAGCUUUGGCCGGGGUGCCACAACAUUACGGCUAAGUUGCUAUUCAUGAAUUUCUUCCCAUUAUCUUUUUCUUGUUUGCUUGUUCGAUUAUCUGUUUCGUUUUUUUCCGUUCUGUUUGUUAGUUUGUUGCGGUUUUAGGGGGUGCCGCUUCCCGGGACAACCGGUAACUGAAUGGAUGGAUGGAUCGCUGGACGGAUAAGUUGGGUGAUAAGCUUCAAGUUAAGCUUGUCCACGGAAUUUUUGGUGAAUGGAUGGGCGAAUGUGGGUCCAGUGAAUGGACGGAGGAGGGAUGGAUGGAUGGAUGGAUGAAGCUUCCACUUCCCCUUCCCUCAUCCUCGCUUACUGCCAGCCACCAGGGUACCGGUAGUGAUGGUGAUGGUAUAUAGUCCGGUCCCUCACCACCUUGAAAACUCGCGGGGAUCGCGAAUCCGCACUUUGAAUCUAUGCUUUCUGCUCCGUUACCGACCGACCAUACCAUGGGUAAGGCAUUAUACGAGUAGGGGCACGGUGCUGCCCUGCCAGUGUAAGUUAACUUUGUUCCAUCAUACAAACCCGCAUUCAACGGUGCGAGUGUCAAUCUCGCAUAAAGCAUCCUCCUCCUAAUUAACCCUCCUCCCCCCCCUUAUCGAGGCUGGAGCGAGGAUAAGAUAUCGCACCGGACAUCUUGUCUACUAGAUCUUUUAAAAAAGGGCGAUCCUUUAUCAAACCUUCCUUUCAUUCCGUGACCAUGCCUCGGUUGUCGAAACCUAAUCCACAGGGUGCAGUGCGGUCAUCGAGCACUCGAGUACUCGUACAGUACCCACCCGCACCUGAGUAUUGUACUCGGGUACUCGAGUACGAGUACAAGGACAAGUCGGGUCCGCUACCUUUCUGCGCUUGGCCUAUUUUUUCAGUCCAGGUAACCGGGCCCCCAUUGUUCAUCGCCAGAUUUCCUGCUGCGACCGCUGAUCCUCCUCCAUCCCUCUCUUUACCCCUUAAGGGGAUAAUAGCAGCAACAUAUCCUUCAAUCGCUCAGAUAGGUGCUGCAGUGCAGGUACUAGUAGUGGCACUUGUAUAAUAAGAGCGAACCGGCGACAGCUUGUUACUGUGGCUUCCUAGGCCUGCCUGUAGUCGAGCGACCCUGGCAUGCCAAGAGGAAGAAGUCACCAAGUGGACCAUAAAAUUCUCGCUGGCAAUCACUUGAUUUUCCUAAUGUGGUUUGGUCUGCACACAAACAGCACAUGUCUUUUCGGGAGUGGACGCCGGACGGUAGCCCCCGAGUAGACACUGACAGAGCACAGGACAGCACAAGCAUCGCGAAUGCGGCCAAGCCCACCGAGCAAGUAGGUACUCGUACAGUACAGUACGAAGCGCCUCGUUUCCACAGCCACCACAGGUCCCUUACAGAGCCGCAGCGGCGGCCCACCCGAACGAGCUAGGUCGGUGUUCAAGACAGCCCAGAUAUCCAUACCGUAAAUUUACCUUGUCGCCUAUCGUACCGCACCCUACCGGGUUGACAAGAACAAACCACCGUCAAAGAAUGAAGUGGAACCAUGUUUUAUCCUCCUCGCUCGACUCGCCCGGGACACUUGCACACCACAGUGGUGCCACUCAGGUCAAAGGAUCCGUUCAAGAGGAAGAAAGAAGAGAUAAAGCCAUCGCGCAAACGAAACCAGCCUAUCGCCUUGCGUCCCGGAACCCCAUCCGCACACCCGCUGACUCAGGGCUGGAGCUCGGAUAGUGUGCUUCCGGGCCCCGAGGACAGAAGGUAUGGAACUGUGAUUGUCCCGUACUCGAGGACCGACCGUCAUGUUCCACGUUACAGCCCAGCACUCCUACAAGUACCACUCAACGACAACAGCGGCGGGAGGGGAAUUUUCCCGCAUGUUCCGGCGAGUUUCUUUUCGCCUUAUUGGGAAUGGGAGGAACGGUUACUGUAACUCUGGAGGGAAGGGAAUACGGUAGUGGACGGGGGAGAACUUCUGAAUUGUGCUCAAGGCACAAAAAUAGGUGUAUCCUACCGGUGAGUUAAUUCUAGAGCAUGAGCCCUCCGUUCGCUUGCCCCCCCCUGCUCCACUCGGUGCAAGAAUUCCCCCGAUUCGUCACGUCCCGUGGAUUACUAAUCCGUUGGAUUGGUCAGGUAGGGAAGAAUAGAGUCAUGUUCUGUCACUCGUUUUGGUUUUUGGUUUUUGCUCGGUUGGUCCGGAGGGGGAGCGUGGGAAAGCUUGUGCCUGUUCGCGUGGUGGGGCUGGUACACCGGCAUGUACCGUAUGGCAUUGAUGAGUUAGAGUGGAAUCUCGCUAGGGUUGAUUAGUCUUCCCUCGUAGCUUGGUUUUCCCUCUACCGCGCGACAUGUAUCAUAUCCCCGGAAACCCGAUUACAAACCGGGUAGGGACAGGUUUGCAUACUCGAGCACUUUCUGGCUUCCGGGAAGUUACUCGGCCGGGACGCGGAGCGGGCUUUUUUACUGGCAUGGCAGGUCGGGGUCAGCCUCACAGAGAGACUCCUCAUAUACCUGGACAGCGAAUGAUAGCACGCAUUUACCCCUUCGGGGCCUUUCCUCAACGUCCGUAUCACCACCCGCGACGAACCCGCUAUCCGCCAUCACGAGCGCAACAAAUUCAGAGCAGAGUGAGAAUUUCCGCAACGGUACAGUCAACCCCCAUACCAUGCAAACUCUUUCUAUACCCUAUCCUACACCGCACAGAUUACUCCUCUUCUUGGGCAUGAUGCGUUGGUCCCAUGCUACGCUCGUGCAUUACCGUACUAUGAUCGGAUACUGCUGGAAGGAUAAACUUGAUCCGCUACUGCUCACCUGUCCACCCAUCCAUCGAUCCACUUUAUUGGUUGGCUGGCUGGCUGGCCCCUUCACUUACCGGAAACCUAGAAAAAGGAAUAAUAGUGAAGAUGGGGAAUCAAGAAUGGAGGUGGGGGGGUGCGGUACAUGCCGCGGUGGUUUUUUGAUGGUGGUGGUGGUGCACUGUAUGUAUGAUAUAUUGCGAUUGGAAGAAGGGGGUAAGCAGAUGGUAGCCUGGUAAUUUAUAAUGUAUUUGGUGCGACGUGUUUGUCCGUGGAUGGUACAGUGGAUAUUUUGUCUUCCUUUAUCCGCUCUGGGUCUCUGUAUGGAUUUGACGUUUCUGUUGGCGGUAUGAGGAAUCCCCCGUAGAUAUGGGAUCAAACCCCCUAUGUCCGGGUCACUAAUAGUACUGUACGUACAAGUACCAGUAUCACCUGCCCAAACCUUUGGAAGCUUCUUUUUCCUACCGCACUCCCUUGUCCAAGCAGGAUCACUUCAACCCGCACUCCGCUAUAACAUAUACACUGUAUGGGAUCUCUGUACAAUACUUGACCCCUGCCGUGUCUCUAACCCACAAACGACGGCUACCGCAUCUCGAAAAGUGAGGUAGAGAUGGUAGCGAGUGUGAUACGAGCAGCGUACUCGACCCCACUCGAUACCGUACUAUACUUCCCAUCCCUUGCACCACAAUGCACAGAGAUCAUUUCCGAAUAUGAUAAUGCAGUAGCCAUCGUUUACAAAUCCUCACCGGAACAUCACAAAUGAAAACUGGGAAGGAAGGAGAAGAAGAGGAGGAGGAGGAAGAGGAAGAAGAAGUGAUAGCCACUCGGGUAGGGUAGGUACCAACAAAGCCAACAAUUUACAUUUUACAAAUUUUUUUAAAUUUUUUACUUCGAAGGAUGGACGGGACGGGUAUUGCUUGUUCCGUGUUCUUUCUUUCUCUCUCUCUCUACGUGAUCUGGGAAUGCAGCACAUGUCUCU